AUGGCAAAGAAACCAAACAAUGGCACGUCGGCCGCACCCACCCCCAUGCAGAGCAUAGCACGAGAUGGACAGGAAUACACAGAAGUCAAGGAGGGCCUGGCUCGCAUUUUGGUCCCCUUCUCCGCGAAAGAAUCUGCAGAGAAAACAGCCCAGAAUGUCGCCGAGCAGCAGAAGGUCUUCUACAACCCGAUCCAACAGUUCAACCGCGAUCUGACGGUCCUCGCUAUCAAAGCAUACGGAGAGCAAGUCCUGUCAAAACCGCCGUCCGCAAACACCCAGAAGGUGGCCAAGAGGAAACGCGAAAAGGCUGAUGCCGGCGACAGAACUACGAAAAAGCCACAGGUGGACUCGACUGUCGCAGAGGGUGCUGCGCCCACGGUUGAUACUGCCCGAAACCAAGAGCCGACAGCAGGGGAGGACAGCGCUAUGACAGAUGUCUGCGCCGGUAAAGACAACGUCGCUACAAAAGCAAUCCCAGCUGCCGAACAACCGUCAGGACCUCCGAAAGAACAUGAGAACAAGCCUGAGGAAGACAAGAAGAGCAACGCACCUCAGCCGCGUCCGUUUACCAUUCUCGAUGCACUGUCUGCCACGGGGCUCCGUGCCUUACGAUACACCCAAGAGAUCCCAUUUGUCACGUCGGUUACUGCGAAUGAUCUCGAUCCAUCAGCUGUUGAGGCUAUUCGCCGCAAUGCAGAGCACAACGGCGUACAGUCGAAAAUGAAUGCUGUACAAGGUGAUGCGCGCGCCCACAUGUACUCGGUCGUAGCUGAGGAAGUCACUCGUGACCAUGCAAGGCAGAAUCGAAGCAAGCAGAACAAAGUGGGCGCGAGCAAAAGAUAUGAUGUGAUCGAUCUGGAUCCUUAUGGAACUGCCGCUACCUUUUUCGACGCCGCAGUAAACGCUGUCCGUGAUGACGGAGGACUUCUAUGCGUCACCUGCACCGACUCGGCAGUGUGGGCGUCUAAUGGAUAUCCGGAAAAGGCAUUCUCCUUGUAUGGCGGCAUUCCUCUCAAGGGUUUCUUUUCCCACGAGGUUGGGCUCCGAAUUAUCCUACAUGGGAUUGCUACCGCCGCAGCAAGAUACGGCUUAGCCAUCGAGCCAAUUCUCAGUCUAUCAAUCGACUACUACGUCCGGAUCUUUGUCAAGAUACGGAAGUCACCCGCGCAGGUUAAGUUUCUGGCCGGCAAGACGAUGGUUGUUUUCAAUUGCGAUCAUGGGUGCGGCGCAUGGAAGACACAGCUGCUCGCUCGCAAUAAGAAAGCGGCCAAUAAGUCUGGCACUGGUGCCUUCUACAAGCAUGGGCUUUCUAUGGCCCCCACUGCCAACGAAUCAUGCGAGCACUGCGGCUCCAAGAUGCAUCUAGCGGGCCCUAUGUAUGCUGGGCCGCUGCACUCCCAUGACUUCAUCAACAAGAUCCUCGACGAUAUGCCUAAUGCUCCGGACGAUAUAUACGGCACAAAACCGCGGAUACAAGGAAUGUUACAGACAGCCCUCGAAGAGACGAUCCCGCCACCAGAGGACACUCAACCAAGUUGUAAAGAUGACGAUAACGCCGCUGUUGAGCCGUAUCCGUUCUUCUUCCAUCCAUCGAGCCUUGCCGGUGCAAUGCAUUGCAUUUGCCCUAAUGAAGAUAGCCUCAGGGGUGCACUGCGUCAUCUGGGCUACGAGGUCACCCGAAGCCACUGCAAACCGGGGAGUAUGAAGACGAAUGCGCCUUGGUCGGUCAUCUGGCACAUCAUGAGGGAGUGGGUCCGUCAGGACCAUCCUGUGAAAGUUGAGAACCUAGCCGCUAACAGCCCGGCACGGAUCUUGCUAAGGCUGCCCAAAGAGGACGCUGCUGCUGCUGCCGAUUCUAAGGAGAAGAACGAUGACGCGGGCGAAGAGAAGGAUGAUGGGGCGGAACUUGCUAAGGAGAAAGCAGACGAUACAGUCGCCAAAAGGGAUGAGCCGACAGAGCCUUCCAACGAGCAAGCAGAUGCUCCAAUGAUUGAGGAAGAUGGCCCCGCGGAGCAUACAACCGAGAUAGCCGUCGAUGUAGUGGCAAAUAAGGAUGGCGCUGCGGAGACGUCCAAAGAGGACAACGACCCGGUCGCCAAGUUGGAGGUCGUCUUCGAUCAGAAGCUUGGGCGAGACAAGUCGAAGAAAGGCAUUGUCAGAUACCAAACCAAUCCUAGGGGGAACUGGGGUCCCCAGAGUCGGGCGAAAGGCCGGUGA